CUCUGAAUCCUUGAAUUCGCAUGUGCUUCACUUUCUCCUUUGCGACAUGCAACAUGCAUUCGCUUGCAACACACCUUUGUGAUCCCUAGCCCUCUCAUCAUGGAGCCGCUGUUGUCGCGGCUGGCUGUGAGAGCUGCUCCGCGCGCACAGGGCCUACUCAUAUCGAGGACGGGAGCUUGGAGAACCGCCGCGACAUCAGCCACCGCAUCGCAACUUCGCCUCCAACGACUGUUCGCUACAACCGAUCCUUCUAGAGUCAGAGAACAGAAGAAGCCAUUCGAUACAGCUUCUGCUCCCGACAGUCAUUAUUCCCAGCCUGCCUCGAAUCUAUCCAACAAUGUCACGCAGCAAGAGAAGGAUCACUUCAAGCGCGUACAGGAGCAGUCGAAGGAACUGCAAGCGCGAAGUCCGUGGAUGCACGAUGGUAGCGAUGUGCCUCCAGUGGCAAGGCAGCGGAGUGCUGGAGCCAUGACUAAGGGAAAGCUCUUGACAACACCGAGCAGGAUGCUAAAGCUGAUAGUACCUCUGACAACGAGAGACACCAACAAUGACCGCAAAGAUGUGGAACCACUGGCACUAUUGGUUCAUCCUCAACAGCCGUUGAGCUACUUAGAACGACUGAUCCAGAGCGAGAUUCCCUUCAUCGAGGGCAAAGAUGGGAAGUCACGGCCACCGAACGUGACGUUUCGAGCAGAAGACAGCAUGGAAGAAAGCAUGGGGCCAGACGAGACACGUGAAGAGCACAAGAAGGCUAGAGAAGCGGCAGAGGAAGUUGAGCAAGAAGAGUCGAUGCAAAGUGCGGACGAGACUAUGGUGGACGGCAAGCGGGAGAAGACCGGAGUCAUAUCAGGCUCACAGAAGGACAAGCGAAGCGAGAAAGAUGAACAGGCACCACCAGCAGAUUCUUCGCAUCCUAACUUUGUGCGCUGGAGCCCAUCCACCGAGAUUGGCGAUUUUAUUCGAGACGCGGCUAGAGGCAAGGAAUUUGCUGUCGACAUCGAAGGCGCCCCGGAACCCAUUUAUGUCGGCGUCCCCAGCUUUCACGACCGCACAUACUAUCUUCGAAUGCGAUUACGAAAGGUCUCUAAGCGAAUCUCGAGUAUGGCGGAUAUCAAGCAGGAGUGCGAUGAGCUCGCCCAUCGCGGAGCGAAGAACGUCGCCCGUCUCGGCUUCACAGGCCUCGUAGGCUGGUGGGGAAUAGUAUUUUAUCUGACUUUCGAAACAGAACUAGGAUGGGACACGAUGGAGCCUGUCACAUAUCUGGUGGGAUUGACUGGUAUCAUAGGAGGUUACAUGUGGUUCCUCUACCACAACAGAGAAGUCAGCUAUAAGAGCGCUAUGAACUUCACUGUCAGCCGGCGGCAAGCGCAGCUGUACAGCGCGAAAGGUUUCGAUCUGCCUAAGUGGGAGAUGUUGGUCGAAGAGGGCAACCGCUUGCGCCGGGAGGUCAAGAUGGUCGCGGAGGAGUAUGAUGUUGAAUGGGAUGAGACGAAGGAUGAAGGGGAUGAGAAGGUGAGAGAGGCCUUGAGGAAGGAAAGGAAGAAGUCGGAGAAGAAGAAAGAGCAAGAUGAUGAGAAGGACAGUAAGAAGGAGAAAGAUGAUGACGACGAUUGAGCAGAUGAGGGGCUUGCGAGUACCAAACAUCGACAGCAUCGGACUUGAGGAUAGAGGUUCCUGGGAUUCAAAGCAUAGCGAGGCUGGGACAGGUUGGGCCGGACGUAGACCUUGAUGAUACCC